AUGGCUCAAGACAGAAAAUCCUCCUCAGUCGCCGCCGACAUGGAGAAGCCGCACAUUGAUGCGCUCGAAAUGGUUCAGCAUGGCCCGAGCACUGCUGAUGUGGACGACUUCAUCGCCGAAAUGGAGCGCGAGCUCGAGGCUGGCGGCGGCUUGGAAACUGGUUUCUUCCACGUCAACUUUGCCAACCCCAAGCACUUUACCUGGCUCUUGGUUGCCUUUGCCAGCAUGGGCGGUCUUUUGUCAGGUCUCGACCAAAGUCUCAUCUCGGGUGCCAAUCUGUACCUGCCCAGAGAUCUCAAUCUCUCUGAGCGCCAAAACAGUCUCGUAAACGCGGGUAUGCCUCUCGGAGCCGUCGGCGGUGCGCUCAUCCUGUCGCCAACAAACGAAUGUUUUGGCCGUAAAUGGGCCAUUAUGAUUUCCAUUUUGCUCUACACCGUCGGCGCAGCUUUGGAAGCUGGCUCAAUGAACUUUGGCAUGAUGGUUGCUGCUAGGGUCAUUCUCGGAAUGGGCGUUGGUCUCGAGGGCGGUACAGUGCCUGUAUAUGUUGCCGAAACAGUCAAACGUCGAAUCCGAGGUAACUUGGUCUCCUUGUACCAGUUCAAUAUUGCCUUGGGAGAGGUUUUGGGUUAUGCAGUUGCUGCCAUUUUCCUCAAGGUGCCGGGCAAUUGGCGAUAUAUCCUAGGCUCUUCGCUUCUGUUUUCGACUGUCAUGUUCUUUGGUAUGCUAUUUCUCCCGGAAAGCCCUCGUUUCCUCAUGCACAAGAACAAGAGGCUGGACGCCUUCAAGGUCUGGAAGAGAAUCCGGGGCGUCGCCAGUGCCGAAUCAAAGGAGGAAUUCUACAUCAUGGCAUCCUCGGUCCAGGAAGAAGACACUGCUGUUCAGGAGGGUGCCAAGAACAAAAAUUACCCUUGGAUGGACUUUUUCACUGUUCCUCGCGCUCGACGCGCGCUCGUCUACGCGAAUAUCAUGAUUAUUCUCGGGCAAGCUACCGGCGUUAAUGGACUUUUAUAUUACAUGUCUGUUCUGAUGAACACCAUCGGUUUUGACGCAGAUGAUGCAAACUACAUGUCCCCGGUCGGUGGCGGCUCGCUUUUGUUGGGUACCAUUCCUGCCAUCUUCUUGAUGGAGACUUGUGGACGCCGUUUCUGGGCUAUUAUGAUGCUGCCUGGUUUCUUCAUCGGUCUCGUUUUGAUUGGCAUUGCGUAUCAAUUCGACCCUGCGACAAAUUUGAAAGCGACCGAGGGCAUCUACAUCACUGGUCUCAUCAUUUACAUGGGCUUUUUCGGAUCUUAUGCCUGUUUGACAUGGGUCAUCCCAUCCGAGGUCUAUCCCACCUACCUUCGAAGUUACGGCAUGACGACAUCCGACGCGCUCCUGUUCCUGAUCUCUUUCAUCGUCACCUACAACUUUAGCGCCAUGAGGGAUGCAAUGACACCUACGGGUCUCAUGCUCGGUUUUUAUGGCGGCAUCGCAGUCAUUGGCGAAGUAUAUCAGAUAUUCUUCAUGCCCGAGACCAAAGACAAGACUCUAGAGGAGAUUGAUCUUGUAUUUUCUCGACCAACAAUGGACAUUGUCCGCGAGAAUUGGCAGGGUGUAAAGGAGACAAUGUAUGACGUGUCCCGGGGAAGGUUCCGCAAGGUACUUGCCGAACAGACAAAGAGGCGCAAGGCAGCAGAUGGUGUCAAAGCUUAG